CACAGCUGUCAAUCACUCGGCGGGUGUUCCGCGCAUGCGCAGUGAGCGUGUCAGGCUACGAUCUGCGGCUGCUGUGAAGUUACCUUCGGUUCUUAUAACACACAUGAAAAAAUCAAUACUUGUGAUCGGAUCUGAGCGCUCAUAACAGCUGUGUGCAGGGUCUGUUUUCAGCGGUGGCGCAGUCAUGCGCAGUGGAGCCUGCAGUAUCCGGGCUCUGGCCCCGGUUCUUCUGCGCCGCUGGCUCUGUGGCGCCGGGGCCCGUCCUGCUCAUCUGUGCGGAUCGGUGCGGUUCUUGAGCACAGACUCUGUGUCCGCGGCUCUGCCCGCUCGCGCCCGCGUGGUCAUCUGUGGAGGAGGGAUCGUGGGCACGUCGGUGGCGUAUCAUCUGGUCAAGCUGGGCUGGACGGAGAUCGUGCUCCUGGAGCAGGGCAGGCUUGGAGCCGGCACAACUCGGUUUUGUGCAGGAAUAGUAAGCGUCGCCAAACCUCUUUCUGUUGAGAGUAAGAUGGCAGAUUAUUCGAAUGCACUCUAUGAGCGUUUGGAAGAGGAGACGGGUGUGAAGACGGGUUUCGUACGGACCGGCUCUCUGUGCUUGGCUCAGAAUCAGGACCGGUUCCUGUCUCUGAAGCGUCUGGCGUCCAGACUGAAGGUUCUGGGCGUCAGCUGUAACGUCAUCAAACCCAAAGAUGUGGCGAGGCUGCACCCGCUGGUCAAUAUUCACGAUCUGGUCGGAGCGCUUCAUCUGCCCGGGGACUGUGUGGUUUCUCCGCCGGACGUCAAUCACGCGCUGGCGGUGGCCUCGGCCGCUCACGGAGUGCAGAUCUACGAACACACGAGUGUUAAUCAUGUGGUGGUGAAGAAGGGCCACGUCACGGCUGUAGAGACCGACCGCGGAUCCAUCGAGUGCGAAUACUUCGUCAACUGUGCUGGACAGUGGGCGUAUGAGCUCGGUCAGAGCGGCGAGGUCAAAGUGUCUGUUCCGUUACACGGCUGUGAACACUUCUACCUGCUCACCAAACCGUUAUCGGAGCCGGUUCAGAACGACAGCCCAGUGCUGAUUGACAUGGACGGGCGGAUCUACGCUCGGGCCUGGCACGGAGGGAUCCUGUCGGGGGGCUUUGAGAAGAACCCUAAACCCAUCUUCACUGAGGGACGCAACCAGCUGGAGAUUCAGAACAUGCAGGAAGACUGGGAUCAUUUCGAGCCCAUGUUAAGUGCUCUGCUGCGGCGGAUGCCCGGUCUGGAGUCCUGUGAGAUCCAGCAGCUGGUCAACUGCCCAGAAUCCUUCACUCCGGACAUGCGCUGCCUGAUGGGAGAGACUCCGGGCAUAUAUGGCUACUUUGUGCUGGCAGGCAUGAACUCGUCAGGCCUCUCGUUCGCUGGCGGAGCUGGGAAAUAUUUGGCGGAGUGGAUCACGUACGGAUACCCCAGUACCAGCGUCUGGCAUCUGGACAUCAAGCGCUUCGGUAAUCUACAGAGCAGCCGCACGUUCCUGCGCCAUCGCGUGAUGGAAGUCAUGCCGCUCCUGUACGAGCUGAAGGUUCCUCGCUGGGACUUCCAGACGGGCCGGCAGCUGCGCACAAGUCCGCUGUACGACCGCUUGGACACGCAGGGAGCGCGCUGGAUGGAGAAACACGGCUUUGAGCGAGCCAAGUACUUCGUUCCAGCCGGGAAAGAUUUACUGGCGCUGGAUCAGAGUAAGACCUUCUACAAGCCCGACUGGUUUGAUAUCGUGGGCGCGGAGGUGAAGUGCUGUAAGGAGGCGGUGUGCGUCAUCGACAUGUCCUCCUUCACCAAGUUUGAGCUCACGUCUGCGGGGGAUCAGGCCCUGCAGCUGCUGCAGAGAUUGUGUGCCAAUGAUCUGGACGUCCCGGUCGGUCACAUCGUCCACACAGGCAUGCUGAACCAGAGAGGAGGCUACGAGAACGACUGCAGCGUCGUGCGCCUCAGUAAAAACAGUUUCUUCAUCAUUUCACCCACCGAUCAACAAGUCCACUGCUGGUCUUGGAUUAAGAAGCACAUGCCCAGCGACCCACAGCUCCACCUGGAGGACGUCAGCUGGAAGUACACGGCUCUGAAUCUGAUUGGUCCACGGGCCAUGGAUGUGCUGUCCGAACUCUCGUAUGUGUCCAUGACUCCCGAACACUUCCCGUCGCUCUUCUGUAAGGAAAUGAGUGUGGGCUACGCUAACGGCAUCCGAGUCAUGAGUAUGACGCACACAGGAGAGCCGGGAUUCAUGCUGUAUAUGCCGAUAGAGUAUGCACUGCAUGUGUAUAAUGAAGUGAUGUCAGUCGGGCAGAAAUACGGCAUCAGGAACGCGGGAUACUACGCCCUGCGCAGUCUGCGGAUAGAGAAGUUCUUUGCGUUUUGGGGGCAGGAUCUGGACUCGUUCACCACACCGCUGGAGUGCGGACGAGAGUUCAGGGUCAAGUUUGACAAGGACACAGAUUUCCUGGGCCGGGACGCUCUGCUGCGGCAGCGGGUCGAGGGAGUCACGCGGCGCUUCGUGAUGCUGGUUCUGGAGGAUCACGACACAGAGCUGGACGUCUGGCCCUGGUGGGGCGAGCCCAUCUACCGUAACGGAGAGCUGGUCGGAGUCACCACCAGCAGCGCCUACAGCUACACGCUCCAGCGUCACGUCUGCCUGGGCUUCCUGAGCCCCACAAACACCGACGGCUCUCCGGCUGUGGUCACCGCCGACUUCAUUAACCGCGGAGACUAUGAGGUGGACAUCGCUGGACAGAAGUUCCCCGCGAAAGCCAAGCUCUACCCUUUCAGCUCCCUCUUCGCUCAGCAGAAGCGGCGCAAGGACAACAUGGAGCUCAGCAACUUCCAGAGCAAGUGAAGCGGAGCCGAUCUGAGAGUACAGCACUUCCUGAAGUCCCUCACACGCCAAUCGUUUUUGUGUCAGUCGCUCAUUAUGUGUGCUUCAGCACUCUGUGUUUGUGUGUUUGGGCCUGUAUGCUGAACAGAUGUUUUAAAGUGGAAUUAGUUUGUCUUUGGAAGUGUAAUUGACUUUAGAAAGAAAGUUUUUCUCUCUGUUUGUUCCUAUUGCUCUGUUAAUAGUCCGGUCACGUCUUCUUGAAUAAGUCCUGUUCUGCUCAUCAUUGUCAAGCGUCACACGGUUUAAAAUGAAGGGAUGUAUUUUUAUAUGGAUGUCAGAUUGGCACUAGACAAUCACUGUCCGUCUGGAGCGUAGAACUUUAAUUGGAGAGACCUGGAGAAGUAUUUUGAACCGUGCGUGUCUCUCUGCCACACUAUUUUGUAAUUAAACUACAAUACUAAAUGAGGAGGCAUUGAGGCGUGUGUGAAUUAUGUGAGACAUUAAAGAGAAAUGACUGAUAGUCUGAACAGAGAUCCUGGAGCGACGCUCUCAUGAAGUGCCUUGCAUCUGCAGUGUGAAGUACAUGAAGUCGUCUUCAUAAACUGGAUUCUGUAUGUUCAUGCAUCUCUAGUAACGGCUGUGUUUGUAGUGUGGUCUGAUCAGUCCGGAUGGCGUUAUGUUUCUGAAUCACGUGAUCUGGUGUGGAGAUGUUCGGUGGUUUGGACUGGAUAUUAUUUACGUCCUCUGUGUGGUUUUAUCUUAAGCGUACAGUCAGCUCAUAUUUAAAUGCACACAGAAGCACAUGGUACAUCAUGUUUAAAGGAGAAGCAGCUUUGCACAGUAAAGGAUCAGUGGAGUGUCUGAAAGAGGCACAAAACACCACUCAAACAAUCACUGCAACAGUUUCACAAAAACAUGUUCAGAACACUUUUUGUACAAAAUAUAAUUUCUGGUUUCUUUCUUUUGACCUCGAGCUGAAGUAAGAGUAAAGCAUUGCAUACAAUGAAAGUAAAUCACUAAUGUUCAUCCAGCCAUAAUGACUUGAACUACUAAAGCAUUGAACUGCUCUCCUCUCUUGAUUUUACUUUGGUGUGUGUGUGUGUGUGUGUGUGUGUGUGUGUGAGACAGAAUAGUCUGUUAGGCAUUGGUUGUAACAGGGUUUUGUGUAGAGAAUGGAAGAACACAUGAUCUGUUGGUGGAGAUCUGAUUGUCAUGUGAUUCAGAGCUGGAGAGAUCAGAUGUGCACCUUAUGCUUUGCUUGUACCUUUUGUGUUUUUUAAAUGUCAGACAAAGAUAAGAGGCCAUUAUACAGUAAAUAUGACCCUUCUGGCCAUCUUACCUUUGUAUUUAUAUCAUAUAUUGUACGAAUGUUUGAUUAAUUUUCAUAAAUAAAAUAUGUAAUCAAG